AUGUCCCAAUUCACAGAAGCCGACAAGAUUCGCAUACUCGUCGCCACUGACAACCAUGUUGGCUACGAGGAGCGAGACUCGAUCAGGAAGGAUGAUAGUUGGCAAACGUUCGAUGAGAUCAUGAAUCUUGCCCGGACGGAAGAUGUUGACAUGGUUCUGCUUGGAGGGGACCUCUUCCACGAGAACAAACCUUCGAGAAAAGCCCUGUUCAAGGUGAUGCGGUCCCUCCGGAAGAAUUGUCUCGGUAUGAAACCGUGCGAGCUUCAGUUCCUGAGCGACGCGAGUGAGAUCUUCGAGGGCCAUUUCAGCCACGUCAACUACGAGGACCCGGAUAUCAACAUCUCGAUUCCAGUCUUCUCCAUCCAUGGAAACCACGAUGACCCGAGUGGGGACGGCGCCUUCUGCCCGCUGGAUAUCCUCCAGUGCGCAGGUCUGGUCAACUAUUUUGGACGCAUCCCCGAGGCCGACAAUCCUCAGGCAAAACCCGUGCUCCUGCAGAAAGGGCAGACGAAGUUGGCACUUUACGGUCUAAGCAAUAUUCGGGAUGAGCGCAUGUACAAGAACUUUCGGGAUCACAGAGUCAAGUGGUUCCGGCCCAACGUGCAGUCUUCCGACUGGUUCAACAUGCUUGCUGUCCAUCAGAACCACGCUGCUCAUACGCCGACAAGCUAUCUGCCCGAGGGCAUGCUGCCAGAGUGGCUGGAUCUCGUUGUUUGGGGCCACGAACACGAGUGCCUGCUAGAAGAGCUAUCCUACAACCCGCAGACUGGGUUCCAUGUGAUGCAACCAGGUUCAUCAGUUGCUACAUCACUCAUCCCUGGAGAAGCUGUCCCUAAGCAAGUGGCUGUGCUCAGCAUUACGGGCAAAGAGUUCACAGUCGAGAACCACAGACUAAAGACAGUUCGGCCUUUUGUGACCCGUGAGAUCCAACUUGCGACAGAUGCAAGGUUUAAGGGACUGGACAAGAAGAAAGACAACCGGCCAGAGUUGACCCGAAGACUUAUGGCCGUGGUCGAAGAGAUGAUCAAAGAAGCGAAUGACGAGUGGCUAUCCAUUCAAGACGACGAGACGGAAGUACCUGAGAACGAGCGUCCUCUCCCACUGAUACGUCUUAAGGUGGAGUAUACACCUUCCGAGGGUGGUUCAUACGACGUGGAAAACCCGCAGCGUUUUUCGAAUCGAUUCGCUGGGAAGGUUGCGAAUACAAAUGACGUUGUCUACUUCUUCAGGAAGAAGAAGGCGGCUUCCAGAACAAACAAAGAUGCCACCCGCAUCCCUGAAUUGGCUGAAGGUGGCGAUCAAGACACUAUCAAGGUUGAUGAGCUGGUCAGUCAGUUUCUCGAGCACCAGUCACUCAAGAUCCUACCGCAAGCUCCCUUCGGGGACGCAGUGAACCAGUACGUGGCCAAAGACGACAAGCAUGCUAUGGAACAGUUCGUUACCGAUACACUUGCUGGCCAGGUAAAACACAUGCUUUCCCUUGAUAAUGACGACGAUGAUGACAAGGAAAUGGCCGUCUACAAGGCGAAGCUGGAGCAACAGUACAGGGCAGGGUUGCUCAAGAACCGGCGAACAACAGUAGUCAAGCCACGGCCAGACGACUGGGACUCCGAUAUGGAUGGUCAUUGGGAGGACCAGGAAGGCGUCGUUGUUACAGCAGAAGAGCCUCCGGCCGAGGAGCUGCCAAUAACGGCUAGGAGUCGGUCUAAGAAGACUACACAAAUCGUCGAGGACGAAGAUGAGGACAUGAAUGAUGUGUUUGCAGAAGAGGAGGCGCCGGCACCGAAACCGAGAGGACGAGGAAAAGCUGCGGCGAAGCCUGCUCCAGCUGCGAAGGCCCCUGCCAAGAAGCCUCCGGCCAAAACACCUGCUAAAGGACGAGGCCGCAAGGCGGUCUUUGAGGAGGAGAGCGACGAUGACGAUGUCAUCAUAGAGGACGAGGAGCCGGCGCCUCCUCCUGCUAAGCGCGCCGCCGCAACCAGGGCACAACCGGCAAGGUCACAGCCGUCCCGGACUGCUGCCGCUCAGUCACAGGCUAAGAUGAAGCAGUCGACACUGACCUUUUCUCAGAAGGCCAAAGCUUCGGAGGCGGUGGAGAUCAGUGAUGACGAAAUCUCAGAUGAUGAUUUCGAGGCUAUACCCGUGAAGAAGACAACACGAAAGAGGUGA